UUCUUGUGCUCAGAGUUGUGUUGUUUUGUUGACUUUGUCCAGUAUCGUAUUUCUAGUUUAUCUUCAUGCCAUAUCCAAGCAACUCUAGCUUCUCUUGACCAAGUCCUUGCUAUGUGUCCGUGAAAUGCCGUGCAUUCCUCUUGUUCUUCCUACUGCCAAAUACCCUCCCCACACCGGUGGCUUCCACUAAGCCUAGGGUCGAAAUGUCUAGCGACGUGUUUCUGACGGCCCAGCACGAGUUCAAAGGCGACGAAUACUUGGUGACGGUGCGCUCGUCUUCUUCGCCUGACGCUAGUAGCGACUCUGCUAGCAGGACUGUAGCGGACACUCUACUGGUCGAAGUGGAGAAUACUAGCAGCUAUGAGCAAUGGAGCAACGACUUCACUGCAAAAUAUGUAGAGGAUCUUUCAAGCAAAACCGGGAACUUCAAGCCGUUUGCGACGUUUCUGCAUAUGUUCCAAGCAGCAUUGCUGAAGAAGAGCGACACUGUCAGUUUGGAUUUGUUGACUUUAGCUGACCUGGAGAAGCUACGGCGCCAGAAGAGCGGCAACUUUUCUUCACUUGGCAAACCACUGCAGACCAGUAACAAACGAUACCUCAUCUUGACAUACAAUGUAGAGUUUGACAGAAUACACUACCCGUUGGUGCUGCAGAAUAGGGGACAACUGGAUCCGAUACAAUUGUUGACAUCGUUACGUGAGGUGCAAAGGGAGGAUCUACGAUCAAGGCAGGGUCGUAAACACAACCGUGAUGCUGAGGCUGUGAAGCUACGCAGACAGUAUGAUGACUUGGUGGCGGAAAAGGAUGAAGUUGAGCAGCAGCUUGCAACUGAACGAGAGAAAGCCCGCUUUGCGGAUAAAGGCUCCGACUCGAAGAAGACAGAAGUACUCAAGUCGGUUAUUCGCACAUUGGAGGGUGACUUGAUCCAGGAGCGGACCAAACAUCAGAGGUUUGCCGCUCAGAAGCGUGAUGCUAUGCGUGAUAUGCAAGAAGAACUUGAUGAGCUACGUUCCAAUGAGCACACACUGCAUAUGCGUAUCAAGUAUCUUACCAAUGACUUGGCCGCUUAUAAGCGAAACCAAUCAUACGGACCUUACCGACCGGAAAGGACUGCGUCCGCUGAGAGAAGUCGGGGGCGAUCUUGGUCGCCCAAGCCGCACACUUCUUCAGCUCCUCGAGGCACGCGGGAUACAGCUCCUAGAGGCACGCGGGAUCCCGUUACGUCCUGGAGGGGACCUGCAAAGCCCUCUCCACCUGCACCGGCAUCACGACGACAGCCAGCCAGGCAAUUAUUCUCAGGUGGUGCCAAGCCCAGGUUUGAUCCCACUGCCUAUAUCCGUGCACGAGAAGAACGGCAACAGGAGGCUGCCCGGCGCAGAGGGAGAAGUAUGAGUCGGUCGCCAUCUCCCAGUGCCGCUCGGCGUUCCAGAUCCAAUUCCGUGGACUCGUAUGCAGGUCACCAGCAGUCAACAGCCAGUACACGGACACAUGGCCGCCCUCCUGCAGUGCCAUCCACAUCAAGGCAACAUGGUAGAGCUCCGGGAAGUCGCAAUUCAUCGUUGGAACGGAGAAGCUCAUCCCUUGAGCGCCUUGGACAAUCCAUGGCAAAGACACCAAAGUCCUCCAAACCUCCCACGGGCCGUGGUGGUAGUGGUGGUACAGGUGCCAGAGGGAGGACUCAACGAAAACAAGCCUGGGCUGAUGACAGUCCUGCUUCUAAACCCCGGAAAUCGCAGCACAAACCCAGAGUAUUGAAUGCCAGCCCAGAUGACGACACGAUGGACUACGACGAGACGCGGAUUGCUGACAUCGGUGCACGGCUAAACCACCUGCGGACAUUCAUGCAGGCUUCAUUUCCUGACAGCCAUCAUUAGGCCCCAAACACAUUGAGGAUCUAACUUGACAAUAUGAAUACCUUACUACAACAGAAGCAUAUCACCAUCGUAUCGCAAUAAUUCCACUUUAAAACGUUUAACAAAUGCGACUGGAUAUUGAUUUUGACUACACCACUGGACAAGGCUUUCCGUAGCAAAGAACUUCCCAGCUGCAUUAUGUGGGCUUUGAUCUUCUCGAAAUGCUGAUGGUUGAGAUAAAAACUGAAUAGAGAGUUAGCAGUUGGCACUGAAUCACUAACUAAAUUUCUUGAAUGGAUUACCGAACAUUUUUUUUCGUUGCAGCACAAGUUAUUGUCUGUUGGAUAUGUUAAACAAAUGAUAAGAAUUUUCUUGGA